AUGGUUGAAGAAAGUCCAAUUAAGAGAAAAAUAGAUACUGAAGAAGAAGAUAAGAAUAAUGAACUAGAUAACUCAAUUCAAUUAAAACGAUCAAAAUCAACAACAAAAGAAGAAGUAGAGACUAAUAAAAAUGAUAAUGCUGCUUUAAAACAAUCUAUAAUUGAUGAAGUAACAAGAUCUUUUAAUGAUAAAAUAAAUAAUUUAGAACUGAGAAUUAAAAAAUUGGAAAAUAUAUUAUAUUUAGAUGAUGAUGAAGGAAAAGAAGAAACAAUUUCAAAAGCCAAAGUAAUAGUGAAGAAUGAAAAUAAUACUGUACCACCACCGUUACCACCUAGAGAACCAACAAUUACAACAAAUAGACCACAAAUAACAAAUAAUUUCAAACCUAAAUCUACUUUUGGAGCUCCUUCUUUUUCAUUCCCGAAAAAUACAGCUGCGACAGGCUCAGUUUCAACUUCAUCACCUGCUAAAACUCCAUUAUCUUCAUUUAAUGAAUCUACAACAGUUCCAAAUAGUCCUAAACCUGUUUUUGGAGCAACUACAAGUUUUGGAAAUAAAGAAAAUACACCAUUAAAACCAACAAAAACAGAAACUAAUAAUAAUACUAGUAAAAUAACAUCAUCAUUUGGAUUUGGUUCAAAUUCUCGAUUUGGUAAUGCUUUUCAAGAAUCAUUAAAGAAGAAAUCAUUCCUUGAUGAUGAAGCAGAAGCUAAAAAAGAAGAUAAGGAGACAAUGAUAGAUAAAGAGUCAACACCACGACCACAAGAAUAUAAACAAGUAGAUUUAACACCAAUUGAACAAACAACGGGAGAAGAAGAUGAAAAAUCUUUAUUUAAUUGUACUGCUAAAUUAUUUGAAUUGAAUUUUAAAAACAUGUCUGAAGGAUGGAAAGAAAGAGGUGUUGGACCAUUACAUUUAAAUCAAAAGAAAAGUGACAACAGUUUGAAUAGAUUAGUAAUGAGAUCAAAUGGAUUAUUAAAAGUGAUUUUGAAUUAUAAAUUGACUAAAGAGACAGAAGUUUUAAAAGGUUUGGAAUCAAGUUUAACACCAGGGAAAUAUUUUAGAUUAAAUUCAAUAAAUGAAUCAAAAGAACCAAUACAAUACUUAUUAAAAUUUUCAAAUGAAGAUAUAAGAAAUGAAUUAAUUGAAAAAAUUGAAAGUGCAACUAAAGCUUGA